AAUGUCGCCGUAGCACAACUCGUGGUGUUAUGUUGUGGUAACUAAACUGAAAUGGUUUUGUUCCUCCUUUAAUAGUUGGCAAACCAACUGAAGUCAAGCAAAAUGACUAAGUCACUCUCUUCUCUUACAGCUGUUUGCAGACAAGGUUCCAAAGACAGCAGAGAACUUCCGUGCCCUGACCACUGGGGAGAAAGGAUUUGGUUACAAGGGAUCCUGCUUUCACCGAAUCAUUCCUGGGUUCAUGUGCCAGGGCGGUGACUUUACAUGCCAUAAUGGAACUGGUGGCAAAUCCAUUUAUGGGGAGAAGUUUGCUGAUGAGAACUUCAUCCUGAAGCACACAGGUCCUGGCAUCUUGUCUAUGGCAAAUGCUGGCCCCAACACAAAUGGAUCCCAGUUCUUUAUCUGCACUGCUAAGACUGAAUGGUUGGAUGGGAAACACGUUGUCUUUGGCCGUGUCAAAGAUGGCAUGAAGGUGGUGGAAGCAAUGUCUAGCCUUGGAUCAAGAGAGGGUAAAACAAAGAAGAAGGUCGUCAUCAAUGACUGUGGGCAGCUGUCAUAAAAUUCCUUACUGUCUUAACCAACCAUUCCUUCUGUAGCUGGGGCUAACAUGCCAUGGUGUGUUUUUUAGCUCCCUGUAAUACUUGUGUUCCUGACUUACUGCUGCAUUUCUAUUGGGUUUCAUUUCCCGUAACUUCACAAGUCUAGCUGGACUGCAGAGUUGAGUUUAUGAUUAUGAAAUUAAAUAAAUAAAACAAGCUAACCA